AUGCCCUUUUCCCACAACCUGUCAAAUCAGGGCCGUCUGGCUCACGUCUCUCACGCGGAGAUGCCGGAGCCCACUGAUCGUAUACAGUCCGAUCCUAUGACGGCCUCCCCAAAGUCAUUGCCUUGCCGUGUCUCUGAGGAGAGCAUCAGGACUGAAUUUUGCGAGGGACCAGUCGACAGCCCGUAUAGCCCAGCCACUCCUGAGAGGAAGCUCCCCAGUGCCUUGACCUACGAUCGAGCUGAGCUCAUGCAUCUCUUAAAGAGGACAGAAAGUCCAAAUUGGGUGCCCGGUCGCCAUCUUGAGUCACGGCUUUAUGAAGACGAAGUACAGCCAUCCCAACAGACACCUCGAACGUUAAUUUUAAACGGGUCAUGCUUGCUUUCCCCACCUGCAACUGCUCAAGAGAAGCAAGACGCUGUCUUUUAUCGUUAUUCCAGUACUGUUCAUGGCAGGAGUAGAGGGGACGAUGGACCGAGUCCCUACGUGGGCCAAAUCGACUUAGAGAACGGAUUGCCAAAUCCAGAGGAAUUGCAACGGUCCAAGCGAAAACAAGAAUCAAGGCAAGCCGGACAAAAAUCACCUAAUGGCGACCGCAUUGCUCAUGAUAUCGGGGACGAAGCUUUAGGGGGCGAUGGUCAGAGAUUCGAAAAGAACAAGAAAACGUCACGAUCUCACAAAUCGCCUCCUGGAGGCUCGUACCGCAUUCCAGAGAAGGGACAACUCCAAAUCGUCAUCAAAAACCAGAACAAAACAGCUGUCAAACUCUUUCUGGUUCCAUAUGAUUUGACAGGCAUGGAAGCGGGCACAAAGACGUUCAUCCGCCAGCGGAGUUACUCUGCGGGACCCAUCAUUGACGGCCUUGAGAGUACAGUGCCGGACGGCCCUCCUAUUCUUCGAUAUUUGAUCCAUCUCCAUAUUUGCAGCCCGUCAAAAGGUCGUUUUUAUUUGUACAAGGACAUCAGGGUCGUGUUUGCCAAUCGGGUCCCAGACGGCACCGAGAAGCUUCGUAAUGAAGUCACGUACCCAGAGCCGCGGUACAUGCCAUACAGAACAUUGCGAACAAGCAACUUAUCGUCUACUCCAACAAAUAACUCUGUUGCUCCAAAACCGUCACAGCAUGCUCCGGGUUUGGCUGCCGACAGACAGGAUGAGAACCAGUCCGACACUCGUCAACCAAGUCAAGACGCAGAAUAUCUCAAUACUUGUCUCCAUUUCCCCCGACCCACAGCCAUGGCAGCCGGUAGUGAUGCCAUGACCGGACUAGCGCUGACGGGACCUCCAGCUCUGUUGGGUAGAUACGACAAGCUCAACAGGGGAGACGUUGGAUAUGGCGGUAAUCCUUUUGGCUACGUUACAGACGGGCGCCCUGGGUCAGCAGAGAGUCUUCUUUCAAAGCGGCUUCGGUCAUUGGGUGUACAGAGUCUCGUGACGGAUGAUGGUGUAGAAGAUGUGGUCAAUGGACCGAUCAGCACGACAAGGGAAUGACUGGAGAACAGAAGCCUAAAUAGUUUCUGGAAUUCCCGAUUUUGG